CCCAUCUGCAAUUGCGGGUGCGGGUUUUGUCCGGUUGUAGAACCGCGUUUUCUAUUCUCCACUUCAAAUACGAAAAAAAACAUUACGCACUGUUUAGGUUCAACAGUUACGAACAAUAACCUAAUUCAUCUCAAUCCCUUCCACCGCGCUUCAUUGAUUUGAAGCUUCAGGUUAAACAUAAUCGGUACAUACAUUUUGUGAGGUUAUCGGAUCUUGAAGACAAGAGAUUUGAGAGGGGUUAAAUACAAUUGAUAGAGGCUUUUGAGGUGAGUUCAGUGAGGUUUCCUAAAGUAUGGAUCUUGAAAGAAAAAGCUUUGGGAGGGGCAGUAGAGAACUUGGAGGUGGUCACGAUCUCGUAAGCCAAUAUAAGCUUUGGCCGUUCUACAAAGUCUUCUGCAAGAGUUCACUUCCAUUGUCGGAGACACAUUAUCUUCGCAAUGUGGUUGGUGACACUAAAAUCAAGAAGGGAGAAGGAAUGGAACUGGAUCAGCUGUGUAAGAACACCUAUACGAAUGAGAAAAAACCUUGCUUAUCUCCGUUUGACUUUAAUGUACUAAGUGAAGCUUUCCGUCUGAAAGAAACGGAUCCAAAUCACAUUUCUUCUGUCAAGAAGGUGCUACCAAAUGCAGUGGCAAACCCGGCUCAACAAUCUAGAGAGAAUGAAAGGAAGAAUAAAAAGGACAAGAAACACAGGAAGCACAAACUAGUUCAAAUUAAAAAUGGAAGUUGUGUUGCUAAUAGCACAAUUCUUCACAAUGAUUCUCAUCCCUCACAAUUGAAGAAUCAACAAGACAAGAAAAGGUGGGCUGAGGCAAGCUACGACCCUUCUACUAGCAAGCGAUUAAAUACUAGACAAUGAAGCAGAAUUAGAAUUUAGAUAUAUAUUUUUUUUGAUAAGCAAUAUUAAAAGGAUAUAUUAGAUGCGAGCACUAGGGGUACAGAUAUUCUUUAUUGUUUUGGGGAAUGUAUGAUCAUUUUAGAAGCCGACACAAAACUUUAUUUUUGGUACAGUUAACAUUUAUGAUACUUUGUUUAAAAAAAAGCUGUU